AUGAAACCAUCUAAACUGCAAGAUCAUCUGAGAAGAUGCCACCCUGAUAAAACAGAGAAAGGUUUGAAAUACUUUCAAACACUCAAAGAUAAAUUUCAGAAGAGACCUACACUGGACAGAAUGUUAGCUUCGACGUCACAAAGAAAUGAUGAUGGUUUUCGGGCGUCUUACAAUAUCUCGUUACUUAUAGCAAAAUCCGGAAUACCGCAUACUAUCGGAGAGAAGUUAAUUUUGCCAGCCGUUGAAGAGGUUUUAAAAACUGUUUUACACAAACCUGCAUCUGAUAUCAUUAAAAGAAUUUCCUUAAGCAACAAUACUGUUGAAAGACGUAUUGAUGAAAUGAGUUCCGAUAUUGAAAGCUUCUUAUGUAAUUAUUUGCAAACGACCCAUUUCUCUAUACAACUGGACGAGUCAACUUUACCUGAUAAUGCAGCAUUAUUAUUGGCAUAUGUUUGUUUUAUUAUGAAUCAAGAAAUCUACGAAGAACCGACAAUAAAGGAGCACAACACUAACUCAACCAAAUGCUCCUUCGUUUCGAAAUUGCGUACGUACAACACGGAUCUAGGAAAAACAAAAUCCGGAAAACCGCAUACUAUCGGAGAGAAGUUAAUUUUGCCAGCCGUUGAAGAGGUUUUAAAAACUGUUUUACACAAACCUGCAUCUGAUAUCAUUAAAAGAAUUCCCUUAAGCAACAAUACUGUUGAAAGACGUAUUGAUGAAAUGAGUUCUGAUAUUGAAAGCUUCUUAUGUAAUUAUUUGCAAACGACCCAUUUCUCUAUACAACUGGACGAGUCAACUUUACCUGAUAAUGCAGCAUUAUUAUUGGCAUAUGUUCGUUUCAUUAUGAAUCAAGAAAUCUACGAAGAACUGCUCUUCGCAAUAACUUUGAUAACCGACACUAAAGAUUUUGAAUCUAGGUUUGAGGAUAGUUUGACUGUGGUAAUACCACCGUGGAUAAUUUAUCCAUAUGGUGACAUAGAAGAAACGAAUGUCAUAAUACAAGAGGAACUGACUGAACUAAGUACAAACGAAGAACUUAAGGUUCAGUUUAAAAACGGAUAUCAGCAAUUCUGGCUGCAAAACAACAUACCCGUUACUUAUCCCGACCCAAUGGCUCAAGCCCCGUCCUCUUUAACAGUCCAUCAAGUGUCAGGACAUUCAUAA